GUGAUGUCUACAGAGCUGGAGGAAGUGGUGAGCAGCAUCCUAAAUGUCAAAAUCCCAGCAAUGUGGAUGGGUAAAUCUUACCCCAGCCUGAAGCCACUCGGCAGCUAUGUGAAUGACUUCCUCGAAAGACUAAAAUUCCUGCAGCAAUGGUAUGAGGUUGGUCCUCCUCCAGUCUUCUGGCUUUCUGGCUUCUUCUUCACACAAGCUUUCCUGACUGGUGCGCAGCAGAACUAUGCGAGAAAAUUCACAAUUCCAAUUGAUCUUCUUGGGUUUGACUAUGAAGUGAUGGAUGACAAGGAAUAUAAAAAUGCUCCAGAGGAUGGUGUUUACAUUCAUGGAUUGUUUUUGGAUGGAGCUUCCUGGAACAGGAAGACCAAGAAACUUGCAGAAUCACGUCCUAAAGUUCUGUAUGACACAGUCCCCGUGAUGUGGCUAAAGCCAUGCAAAAAGUCAAACAUACCCAAACGACCAAGUUAUGUUGCUCCACUGUAUAAGACAAGCGAGAGGAGGGGCACACUCUCCACCACUGGCCACUCCACAAAUUUCGUGAUUGCCAUGAUUCUUCCCUCUGACCACCCCAAGGAACACUGGAUUGGACGGGGUGUGGCAUUGCUGUGUCAACUAAACUCAUAAUCUGAAGGUGGCAUCAUCUCUUGCAACUUCUUGUUAGAUUGAAUAAAACACAUUUUACCGUUUAAAUUUUGCUUUGGCUUAAAUAAACUUAAUGUUCU